AUGGGGAGGCGCUGCUGGCCCCGGCGCGCACUGGCCACCGCGUGUCUGGGCGCCGCGCUCCUGCUCCUUGGCACCGCGCUCCGCGCCCUGCGCCCUGCAUCUGGAAACAGGGCCCUGGUCUCUGGCUGGCUCAGUGGGGAGAGGCGGAGUCCCCUGCAGAUGCUCUACGACCUGGACCAGGGCCCGCGCUCUGGCCUGGCUGAGGUGCACCGACAGCGGCGCGACCAGCUGCGCCGCGCGUGCAGCCGCCACACGCGCCGGCAGCGCCUGCUGCAGCCGGAGGACCUGCGGCACGUGCUGGUGGACGACGCGCACGGCCUGCUCUACUGCUACGUGCCCAAGGUGGCCUGCACCAACUGGAAGCGCGUGCUGCUGGUGCUGAGCGGCGGCGCCCGGGGCGACCCCCUCGCCAUCCCCGCGCACGAGGCGCACGCGCCGGGCCGCCUGCCCUCGCUGGCCGACUUCAGCCCCGCGGAGAUCAACCGGCGGCUGCGCGCCUACCUGGCCUUCCUCUUCGUGCGCGAGCCCUUCGAGCGCCUGGCGUCCGCCUACCGCAACAAGUUCGCGCAGCCCUACAGCGCGGCCUUCCAGCGCCUCUAUGGCACGCGCAUCGUGCGGCGCCUGCGGCCCGGCGCGCGCCCCGAGGCCCUGGCCCGCGGGCACGACGUGCGCUUCGCCGAGUUCCUGGCCUACCUGCUGGACCCGCGCACGCGCCGCCACGAGCCCUUCAACGAGCACUGGGAGCGCGCCCACGCGCUGUGCCACCCGUGCCGCCUGCGCUACGACGUGGUGGGCAAGUUUGAGACCCUGGCCGAGGACGCGGCCUUCGUGCUGGGCCUGGCCGGGGCCCCCGGCCUGCGCUUCCCCGCCCCGCCGCAGCCCCAGGCGGCCGGGGCCCGCGACCAGGCCGCGCGCCUCUUCAGGGACAUCAGCCCCUUCUACCAGCGGCGCCUGUACGAGCUCUACAGGAUGGAUUUUCUGCUCUUCAACUACUCCGCCCCCGCCUACCUGCGGCUGCACUAG